AAUAGUCGGCGAUUUUCCUUUCCAUACGUGAGCGGCUUCCCUCUGAGACUUUUGGCAUCCCUGCUUGAAUAUGUCCCUGGACUAUCAAGUUAUCUUUAUAAUAAUAUGGUAUUAAGUACCUUGAGAGAUAGAUCCUUCAAAGAAGAUAUGACUAUGAUGCCAUUACCUUUACCAAAAGAAAUAUUUGGUGUUGAAGACUCUGUGAUCAUCGAUGGGUUAGAAAUUAUUGAGCAGAAAAAUCAAGAACAUAAUCCAGCUCCAGCAAACCAAAGAUUUUUAUGCGCACGCGAUUAUACUGAUGCAUACUUUACCAAAAGUAUUACACCUAUACAAGUAUGCGAGAAAUUAAUUGAUAAAAUAAAACAAUCUUGCUCUAAAGCGUGUGACCCACCUCUUUACGGUAUGUGUCAAUAUCACGAGGAUGAUAUUAGAGCACAAGCUGAGGCGUCGACUUCUCGAUAUAAUCAAAACCAAACAUUUGGACCCCUUGACGGUGUUCCUGUGGCGAUUAAAGAUUCGAUUGAUGUUAUAGGUUAUGAGACACGUGUAGGAACAUCAUUUCUUAAUCAAGGAAACCCUGCCUCAAAAGAUGCAUUUUUGGUAAACAAAUUAAGAGAACAAGGUGCUAUCAUCAUCGGAAAAACAAACUUGCAUGAAAUUUGUUUUGACGUUACAACUAAUAAUCCGAAUGCAUAUACAUCUCGCAACCCCUACAAUACCGAUCAUUAUUGUGGAGGAUCAAGUGGAGGCAGUGGAUGUGUUGUUGCCAGUGGUUUAUGCCCAAUUUCCGUAGGCAGUGAUAUUGGUGAUCCUGAGGAUUCAAAAACUUUGUACCAGCCAUCACCCACUCUCCAUGGUCUUUACCUUACUAAAACAUUGUCUGAUCUAAAGAUUGGUAUAUUCUCUGAUUGGAAUAGACGAGUUGUUGAUCCUGCUAUUACUUCUUCUCUCAAUUCACUUAUUAAUGAAUUCAAACUUCGCGGUGCCGAGUUUAUUGAAAUUGAUAUUCCGGAAUUAAAUGACGCACAAAUAGCUCAUUCAAUUACUGCUUUAUCCGAAUUCUGCUCCUUUAUGAAUGGAUACAAAGAAUGCUUACAUUUGUUGAGUCUUCCUAAUAGAGCAAACAUCGCGACAUACAGCAAUGCGAAUGCUUCGGAUUACAUUAAAGCACAACAAGUUCGUACGCGUAUGAUGCGUAACGCAUCAGUCUUAUUCUCUGGUGUUAAUCUUAUUUUAACACCUACUUGCGCCAUAACUGCCCCUCCAAUCUAUCCGGAAUCUUUAAUAUAUGGUGAAAUAAAUCCUUCUGUUACAACAUAUGGAGUAAGAUUUACAAAAUUAGCCAAUUUUAUUGGUAUUCCUGCCGUUACGGUACCAGCAGGUUAUAAUGAUAAAAACCUGCCUAUUGGAUUACAAUUUAUGGCAAAAUGGUAUGAUGAGGCAACAUUAUUAAGAGUUGCAAAA